AUGCUUGUGCUUUGCGCUCGUCGGGAAGACUUGUUGUCAAAGGUCGCUAAUGAAUGUCGGGAACUCAACUCUUCCGCAAAAGUUUUGACCGUCAAGUGUGAUGUGACCGAUAUGGCCGAUGUGUCCCGUCUGGUAGAAGCCGUUGAAACCACAUAUGGUCGAUUGGACUGUUUAGCCUUAAACGCGGGAGUUUCAAUGGGAGAAGAGUUUGCGGAAUUAAAAGAUUAUGACAUGAUCAAGAAGAUCAUGGACGUUAAUUAUUAUGGAUGCACAAAUUUGACGUACAAAGCAUUGCCACUGUUGAAGAAGAAUAGAAAAUCAAGAAUCUUUGUUGUUAAUUCGGUUGCCGGAAUUAUACCAUUACCACUGCGAACCGGAUACUCGGCGUCAAAAUUUGCAGUCCGCGGCUUCUUUGAAAGUUUGCAGCCGGAACUUUUGAAAGACGAGAUCUUUAUUACGUUAGCUUACCCGGGCGCCGUCAAAACAGAUAUCAACAAGAAUAGAUUAGGUACGAAUCCAAAAUAUCUUGAUCUCACCAAUGCGAUAUCUUCUGAGGAAUGCGCCCAAAUAAUAGUAGAUGGCGUUCGCCGAGGUGACAAAGAAAUUCAGUUUACAAGCAAUGGAAAACUUGGAAGGUUGAUCGAAGGCGUAUUUCCGGAUUUGUUGGCUUAUUUGGUGGUCAAAAAUUCCAGAAAACACUUGGACAAUAGUUGA